UUUGAGGAGGGAAAAAUGGAUAUUCAAGAUAUUGAGUGUCCACUAAUAUCAAAAUCAAGAAAUGAAGAAUCCAAGAAUAAGAGAAAAUGUGAUGAUUUUCUUGAAGAAGUUAAGAAGAUUUUGGCAUUAGCAGGGCCUUUAAUGUCAGUUAAUUUUCUUCUAUAUUGCUUACAGGUGAUUUCAGUUAUGUUUGUUGGUCAUCUUGGAGAGUUAGCUCUUUCUGGUGCUUCAAUGGCUACUUCAUUUGCCACUGUCACUGGCUUCAGCUUGUUGAUGGGAAUGGGAAGUGCAUUGGACACAAUUUGUGGGCAAGCAUACGGUGCAAAGCAAUAUCAUAUGCUUGGUAUCCAUAUGCAAAGGGCCAUGAUAGUUCUUCUUUUAGUCAGCAUUCCCUUAGCCUUUAUUUGGGCAAAUGCAGGACAUAUUCUUGAAAUCUUGGGACAAAGUCCGGAAAUUGCAGCCGAAGCAGGGGAUUAUGCAUGUUUCAUGAUACCGAGCAUCUUUGCUUAUGCACUACUACAAUGUCAGAUGAGGUUUCUACAAGCUCAAAACGACGUCCUCCCUAUGAUGCUUACUGCAGGAGCCACAACUUUGCUGCAUUUAUUCACUUGUUGGUUUCUCGUGCUCAAAACCGGCCUUGGCAACAAAGGGGCUGCUCUGGCUAAUGCUGCGUCUUACUGGAUUAACGUGUUCUUGCUAGCUGCAUAUAUUGGGAUAUCGCCUUCUUGCAAAAGUACUUGGACUGGAUUUUCAAUUGUAGCAUUUUCUGAUAUCCCGAGAUACCUUAGACUAGCUAUUCCUUCAGCUGUUAUGGUUUGCUUGGAGAGUUGGUCAUUCGAAAUGAUGGUUCUGUUAUCUGGUCUUCUUCCUAAUCCGAAACUAGAAACCUCAGUUCUUUCAAUCAGCCUUAAUACAUCUUCAAUGAUAUACAUGUUGCCUUUUGGACUAAGUGGUGCCACAAGCAUAAGAGUUUCAAAUGAAUUAGGCGCUGGACGACCAAAAGCAGCUCGUAUAGCAGCAUAUACUGCAUUGUUCUUAGCUACUACAGAAGGAAUUCUAGUAGCAAUGUUCAUCAUUUCGAUUCGUAAAUUUUGGGGGCAUUGCUACAGCAAUGAGGAAGAAGUAGUAACAUAUGUAUCAGAAAUGUUGAUGUUUAUAGCAGGCUCACACUUCAUAGAUGCAAAUCAAUCUGUACUUUCAGGUAUUGCUAGAGGAUGUGGUUGGCAAAAAAUAGGUGCAAUUGUUAAUUUGGGAGCUUAUUAUCUAUGGGGAAUACCUGCUGGUAUUGUAUUAGGUUUUUUCUACCAUGUUGGAGGAAAGGGACUUUGGUUGGGACUCACUCUAUCACUUCUUGCUCAAGCCCUCAUUUAUUUAGUAGUUACUCUCAGAACAAAUUGGGACAAAGAGGCAAAGAAAGCAGCUGAUAGGGUGAUUCCAGAGUUAGCAUAGAAGAAAAUAUUUUAAAGAAAGUAUCAUAUAGAAUUGAACAUU